CUUCCUAACAAUUCCAUUCAAAAGUAACGAAUAUUUUCUUUCCACUGCCUGCAUCUUUUACUCUUAUUUAUUUGCAUCCAAAACAUCAAAACAUCAUUCCUUUUCUUUUUUUUCUACUUUUGUCUUUUUCUUUUUCCUUUUCAUCUCUUUUUAAAUCAUUUUCGCUUUCAUUUUUCCAUCUUGCGUCCUAUGUUCAAAUUUGAGUCAUGCUCUUUCGAUCCUCAACGGUAAAACAUGGGUCCGUCCCUUCUUCAAACUUUUAUGAUUUCGAGACGGAAAAUCAUGAUUCUUCUCUGGCUCCAAUUGCUGAAUCCCAUCCCCAUACUCAACAAAAUGCAUUCCCCAAACCAUCUUCGCAUGGAGAAGAUCCCGCAAAUCACUUUGUUCCAACAAAACAAGACCAAGAAAAGUCUAAUGAGUCUCGAAAUGAUUAUCUUGCAAAAUAUCACGCUCUCUUUACUACCCAUGGCCUUCCCAAAAAGACUCUAGAAGAGGCUGCUUCCCAACCAAAAGAUAAUCGCUUCAGUUACUUUAUCCAGGACGACGUCUUUGAAAAAUUCAAUCCUUUCGAUGAUUCCCUUCAUCAUCCCAACGAUGAUGGUUUUGUAACUCCAUCCGAAUCUCCCUCCAAGCCCAAACCUGCUACUACUCCCAAACCACUUUCCUUGCUCCCAGAAUCCUCGCUCAAUGAGGCACUCGACCCCCCUCAUCUUCGGGAACCUGCUGCUCUUGAAAGACGUCCUGAUGAUUCUUUCCAUUCCCCUUCUCGUAGGCCCGUUUCCACCAUCUUACCCUCCCAAGACCUCUUUCUUUCCACCCCGCAACAAUCUCCCUCAAAACUUCCCAAUCCGUCUUCUGAUUUUUCCUUCCAUUCCCGGAAUUCCAGCAACGUUUUCCCAAGUCCAACUCCUUCCCACGAUUCUCACAAACGCAGUCCUUCCAAACAUUCGUUGGGCAAAACCAGCUUGUCUUCCCUGCUCCGCCGACCUUCUUCCUCCUAUUCUCCAAAGAAACAAUCUCCCGGCAUUCAUCGUCGCUCCUUAACCCACUACUUCAAAUUCCCUCAUCGUUCUACCGCUCAUCCAACUCCUUCUCCCGCUACCGUCUUUGGCAAAUCCGUCCAAGACCUAAGUGUAUCUUACGCUGACGACCUGUGUAAGUUUGGUUUCCAACCCGCCGAACUGGCUCCCUUUCCUCUUUUGCUUCCCCAUAUUUUUGCUCAGUGCAUUCAUGCCUUGUCGUCAAAUGCUCUUCACGUCCCUGGUAUUUUUCGUAUUAGCGGCUCGGGCCCCAUCAUCAAUGCUAUUAUGAGAAACUAUUAUCAACCUCCACACUAUUGGCUCGAUGAAACCUCCAGUGUCUUUAAUAAAAUUGGAUUUCCUACAAGUAUUGACAUAGGCGGUGUUCUCAAACGGUUUAUUAUGGUUUUGCCCGGAGGUCUUUUGGGAACAAAAGACGUGUUGAACAUGCUUGUUCCUUUAUUUUUAGACGAGUCACCGUCUUUACCAUCCGAUGUAUGGGCUGAAUUGGUUGCCUUUGCCAUUGGUCAAAUCGACUCCGUCAUUCGCUUUUCCUUGUUUUGCAGCCUCAUGGCUCUUUUACGACAGGUUUCCAUGCGGACAAAGGAGCUAGAAUCAGUUAUGGAACACGGUAAAGAAUCUAGUUUAAUGAAGUCAGAAGCACUUGGGAUUAUCUUUGGUCCUUUGCUGCUAGGGAAUCACAUAAACGAUCUUUCCAAAUCAAAUCAGUCUUCUGAUUUUAAUAACCUUAUGCACUUUGAAACUGAAAAAGCAAGAGUGGAAGCUAGAAUCGUUGAAGGGCUAAUUAAUCGUUGGCCAAAAAUUAUAUCAAAGUUGACUUUGUUUAAUGUUCAUCAGAGCUUUCCCGAUUAUUCCCUUUUAAACUUGGUAAGUGAUUUUGAACCUGCUUUUCCUCUUGUCGAGGAGCCGGAAGGUUCCACUCAUACUACCAUUGAAGAAUCCACAGUGGAAAAAUCAAACUAUGCGGCUAGUGAUAAGUCUCAAAAUCAUUCUGAAGUUGUCUCAUUACCGUCUGUUUCGAAAAAGGAUAUAAAUGAUUCCUGUUCACAACUUUCAACGGUGGCUCUUCCUGCUUCUGCUUCAACACCAAAUAUUGCUCAUAUUCAAGAAGGAAAGCCACACGAGCAGGUAAUCCAACCUUCCCAAACUGGCCUCUCAAAGGUCCAGCCCGAUCCGGCAUAUAGUCGUUCAGAACCGUUCAACUUAGCUUCUCAGCAUUUACAAACUCGGGUUGCUGAUUCGAAGAGCGGCUCGCAGCCUAGGAUACCUUCCGCUUCAUCUAUCGCGCGUCAGCCAGAAGCAAACGAUGCCGAACAGCAAGAUAUAAAAUUAGAAAAGACUUCAAAAAAGAAAUCCUCAAAAGGAAUGUUCUCAAGAUUUUUUAGAAAAUUUAAAUCACAAAAAAAGAAGCAUUAAAUAUGAUGGAUGAUUGGAUGCUGUUUUUCUAUCUUUGUUCUCAAUUGUUUGCUUGUUUUAUGUACAAUUUGAUUUUUUGGCAUUAUGUUAUUUAUUAAUCCUUUGAGGGACGCUCCUGUCUUUUUAAGUAUUAUGCCUUCGAUGUGUAAUCAUAAAAUAAAUAUAACUCGUUUCUUGUUCUG